AACUCCGUUCAUACGCGUUUUCACACGGGUAAAGAGACGCGCACAGAUCGGUGGUGUCAGUUUGCGAUCUGAACACUGAAAAGAGUGCGAACGUGUGGGGCAAGGGUAUGAUAAGAAAAUAUAGGGCCUGAUACAACACAUUGGGAAAGUAAAUUGUAACGACCACCAUGGCCGUUCCUGCGACUCUUCCGGUGCACUCGGGGACUUCUGCCGUGUCCGGUAAACUCUUCAUCACUGACCCGUUUUUCACGAGUCCCAUGGACUCUCCGAGACUGAUCAGCUCACUGAACGCGACGCACCCGGGUGGCGCGGCGUCCAGCGAGUGCAAAAUCGUGGAUGUGCACGGGGUGAAAGUCGCUUCUUUUAAUGUUGACGGCCAGGAGCUCAUUUGUCUCCCUCAAGUAUUCGAUCUUUUUCUGAAGCACCUCGUUGGCGGAUUGCACACCGUGUACACGAAACUGAAGCGUUUGGAUAUAAACCCGGUGGUGUGCACUGUGGAGCAGGUGCGCGUGUUGCGCGGACUUGGUGCCAUUCAACCCGGUGUGAACAGAUGCAAACUCAUUUCCAGAAAGGACUUUGAAGCCCUGUACAACGACUGUACCAACGCGAGCUCUCGCCCUGGCCGACCACCGAAGCGCUCCUACGGGGUCAGUGUUCAAGAAAGCCCCAGAAUCCUCCACCACAGAGCAAACAACCUGCUAUCACCAACCUUGCUGUCACCCACAGCAGGUUUGACGACGGCAGCGAUGGCUGAAGCUUUGAAAAUCCAGAAGAUAAAGAUGAUGAUGGAUCUACACAAGAACCACAACGGCUCUGAAUUCGAUUCGGAUGAACGGAGCGCUAAUACAGGACAUAGUGAUUCGUCUUGGGAAAGAGAAAAACAUUCUCCACCUGUUUCAGAGAAAACACAGCACAGUGUGAAUCAGCUCAAUCCUCUCCAACACACCCAUCUACUGGCCAACAGACUGGAUUUGCCCUUUAUGAUGAUGCCCCAUCCGCUGCUUCCUGUUGGACUUCCUCCUGCAUCUGUUGCCAUGGCAAUGAACCAGAUGAACCACCUUAAUACAAUUGCCAACAUGGUUGCCAGCGCACAGGUGCACAGUCCUGUCUCCAGGCCAACAUCUGUCAUCAAGGUAGAAGACACACAACACUCGGAUGUGCUUUACCGGCUCUUCUGCCGCAAGGAGUGUUUUGAGGAGAGUCCCUCUUUGACAGCAUCUGUAGAAGAAACGGUUCCUCAGAAACCUGAAUCGUCGCCUCAACAAACCAGUUCAUCUCUCAGCAGCCCUACAAACUCACACACACAAUCUCCUCAGAAAGCAGCAUACGACAUUCAUGAAGAACACAAAGAAACAAACCCAGCUCUGCUUAUGAAUCGGCUUUCCAACGACAGAGUUGAGCAGAAUGCAGUGAAGCCAAUGGUAUUUGACAAGAUCCCUCCUCAAGUGUUUCCCUCGGGGUUCCCUGCUUCUCUCCUAUUCACAGAUGGUCUUUCCUCUGUUGAGACACUGCUCACUAACGUCCAGGGCCUGCUGAAGGUGGCUUUGGAGAACGCUCGUCUGCAGGAGAAACAGCUUCAACAGGAGAGGAGAGAGCUGAAGAUGGAGCUCUACAGAGAAAGAGAGAUGAGGGAGAGUUUAGAGAGACAACUCACAUCUGAGCUACACAGUCGAGCCAGCAUUCAGCGACGUCUAAAGAAGGAGAAGAAGGCAAAGAGAAGGUUACAAGAGGCGCUGGAAUACGAGUCUAAAAGACGAGGGCAAAUCGAGCAGGCGUUGCAACAGGCCACUUCAACCGACUCUCUCAUACACGAUCCAGUCAGUCUGGAUAUGGAGACAGGACACUGCAGAAGCCCAAAGGACAACUGCAUGUUACAAGAAAACAGAACAUUUACAAAGAACCCACUAAUGUAUUAAGAAGAGGCAAACUUUCAGUGAUAGUUCUCCAAAUCAUGGAUACUCUCUACAGUUUUAAAUGUUGUUACCAAACUAUAGAGGACCUCCUUUAAAUAAUGGAGAAAUGAGAGAGAGAAAGAGAGAUAGUGGGAUGAACUCUUCCACUGAACCUCACAACAUUCCAGAUUCUUUUAUUUCUACAUCCAUUUAGCUUCACUCCCUGUUUUUAGUUUUGCUGCUCUAUACAGGUAGUAAUGUUACUUAUUUGGAAGUAUGUUCUGAACUGCUGUUAUCACUGAUGAACAGCUUUACAAUGGUGACCUUUACUCUAAUACUCAAGAGAGAUGAAAUGUAAAUAAUGGAGGAUAACAGUGGGCCAAGAGAGGAAGAUGAAAGGAGGAUACAUCUGGGUUUUGGUGUAGAAAACUUUAGUGUUUCUCAAAUAAAGUGUGAGAAUGUUUCCCUUUU